UCCGGUAUCACCUGUGUGGGUCGAGAGAGCCGUAAACAAGGUUUUCGCAGGUAUCGGCAGCGGUGCCGGGAUGCAGCCGAGCGGCUCGGCUAGAGGCCGCUGCCGCUCUUUCUCCCAGCUGCUGGCUCUUCUGUUCUUCCAGGGUGUUUACACAGCCCUUUCAUUGGAGAUUAAAGCAGAUGCCCACGUACAAGGUUAUAUUGGAGAAAAUAUCAAGCUGAAAUGCACCUUCAAGUCCUCUUCUCCUGUCUCUGACAAGCUCACAAUAGACUGGACUUACCGACCGCCUACCAGCAGUCGCACAGAGACAAUUUUUCAUUAUCAAUCUUUCCAGUAUCCAACUGUAACAGGCACAUUCCGUGACCGAAUACUUUGGGUUGGGGAUGUAUACCGAGGAGAUGCAUCCAUUAGCAUAAGCAACCCAACCAUGAGAGACAAUGGCACAUUCAGCUGCACUGUGAAGAAUCCACCAGAUGUCCACCACAAUAUUCCCCUGACGGAGCUGGUAGUCACUGAACGGGGUUUUGCCAUCCAGCUCUCUUCUGCUGCCUUGCUGUCCAUUCUGGUCUUCAUUCCUUCGGCUGUGGUGGUCACCCUGCUCGUGGUGAGAAUGGGGAGGAAGUCUGCUGGGCUAAAGAAGAAGAGCAAGUCUGGCUACAAAAAGUCAUCUAUUGAAGUUUCUGAUGACACCGACCAGGGAGAAGAUGAAGGCUGCAUGAGAAGACUUUGUAUCCGUUGUGCUGAAUGCCUGGAUUCGGACUUUGAAGAAGCCUAUUGACGACAGUUUAAAGACUGCCUGGUUUCAGAGCUCAAGAGUCAUCUGUUUGAUCUGCACUUGGCUUGAACUGCCAUGAUGGAAAGCCAUGUUGGAGGAACCUGGAGUUCAGUAGUCAAGACUGUCCAGUAACUUUUUAUUUAUUGAAGAAAUGUUCUUUUUAUAUUUAUAAAACGUUUUAAGACCUUAAUAGAAGAGAUGCAUAAAAAGCAGAGCUCCUAGUUACUCUAGUUUAGUAAGUUCUAUUCUGGCUGGACUGAAGAACUAUCUUCCUGAAUAGGAAGGUAAAUAUUGUCUGUCCAUGUUGCACUCUAUUGUAUUGUGUGUUUUCUUCCAGUUCUUUGAGGGAGAAUCAUAAGUAUUUGUUAUUUACUGACUACAGAGGAUCUUUCAAAGGAUUGUCACCCGUAGCGUCCUUUUGUUCCUGUCAGAUGAAAAUAUUUGUGAUAGUGCUUUGCUCGGUCAGUUUUUAUCUUGGAGCUACUAUUGAAUAGUAAUCGCUGCUUAUUUUUCUCCUUUUACUAAAGCUGCAAAAUUCCAUUGUGUAUUAUAAUCUCAAAAUCAUUUGGAUUGUAUAAACUGUAAUUAUGUAAGAUUAGGCAAAUUCUGCUUUGUUUCAAUACUAUAUUUUUUUCUUGUUAAAUGUUAUUAGUUUAUGUUCAAAGAAAAGAGUAGUGGGGCAAUAAAAUUCAUUUCUUCUGGCUUGCUAGAGCAGAAUUAGGCCGAGGUUGUAAUGGGGAAUGUCUUAUUAUCACAUUUCCUUUCACACAAAGCUAUUUUGCUCCUUGACUUUUAGGCCAGAGGUUCAAAAAACUCUUUGGAAGUUUUCCAGUGUGAAGUUGUAGGCUGUUAUAGCUUCUGUUUUAAAUGUCCAUGUCUUCUAACCUCUCAGAAUUGAUGAUUUUCAAAAUGCACAAAAUAUAUACACUAAUAAUUGUUUCAGAUGUUACUGCAGAAGAUCUUUUGAGUCAGGAGUGAGCACAGAGCCCAGAUUUUCUUAUUCUGUGUUCUUCCUUCUUUGUGCUCUAUGUACUCUGUCUUAAUUGUCUAGUGCAUGAUAAUUAAGCCAAAUGAAAUGCACAUAUUUCAUAUGUUGUAGGUUUUACUUUUUUUCCACAUAUAGAAAAAUAAAUUUUAGAUCUGCCGUAAGACUUUAAGAAAUGUGUGCCAUAUGGAGAAAAGUUGAUAGUAUAUUUCAGCAGUCCACAAGUAGGUUGUUUUCUCAAUUUUUGUAUUCCAAAAAUCUCUUUCCAUUUUUGCCCUUUGGUGCUUCUGAUGUUUCCCAAGUUCUUGCAGUCCACAAAAUAUGUGACAUUAAAACCCACUGUGUCCUCUUCCUCUUCUUAGAUUUUUUAGCCCAGAUGAGGUUUUUUUUUUUGGUUUUGUUUUUGAGCAGAGAUUGAGCUCAGAAGCAUUGUGGUCUCCCCCAUUGCUUUAUCCAACCCUCCUUGGUUAAAUUGUUUUACAAAUAAGAAAAUCUGGUGACUUAACUGAGGCUGCCACUUACCUAAGGUCACACAAACCUUCCAGCCAAAUCUGGGACUAGCAGCUUGCUUUUUUUCCAUGACUGUGCCUGUCCCUGUAGCUUCACAGUUUCUUGGACCAUGUGAUAAUUGAUUUCAGGGCUGACCCAGUGAAGCUCUUUCUGACUCUUAAAUACAGAGAGAAAGAAAGAGAGUUAAUUUAAGCAGUAAGCUGAACUUUUAAGUGCUCCUAACUGUAAUGUAAGCAUUUUGUGAGACCUCAGCUCCCUGAGAAGGGGGACAAUGCUUCAGGAUGACCCAGUUAAAGCCAUAUACUUCUAAAUGAAAGCCCAUUUUGACUGGGUCAUCUUAUACCUUUCUUGCAGGCCUGAGGAUGAAUUCAGUGAGGUAUGUUUGUGAUUGUUGGAUGAACAGUCCUGUGUGAAUGCUCAAUAGUAUUAUUUUACAAUCUUAAUCACGAUUUGGACCAAGGCCCCUCCUUUUAGAAUGACUGAACAGUAGAGUCCUUCAUGGUAAGGGGUAAGUUGAUCAUUGAGGCUUUUCUGUCUGGUUGUGGUCACAUCACAGGGUAUAAAGCUGCUGUCAAUUUCUUCAUUACUCCUGUGAGGUCUGGCCUGUAGCCUCUCUCUUCUAAGAAUUGUUGAGAAGUUUAUACUUGCCUCCUUUAGGGAUGAAUGAAUGAUAUCAUAUACCUUUUAUAUAUAGAUAUCCUGUACUGUCUUAAUACCUCCUAAGGUUCUAUUUUUAGUCUCCUUUAUUCUGCUGCAUGGAUUCCUAUGAGAUCGGGGAGAGAGAAACUUUUUCUAGAAUGGGAAUUUACCACUGGCAAGCUUUAUGCAGAGUUUGUCUUUCUAAAAUAGCUUCUGCUUCAUGUUAUAUUACCAUCUUUGUUUUCUGAAUUUCUGCUACCAAGAGUCAUUGAGUAUGUGACUAAAUCUGUGCCUUAGAGGAAAGGGCCUUAGGUUUCCUGUAUAUCUGAUUGCAUCAGGUAACUUGGGAAACAGGUCUUUCUUUACCAGCACUGAGAACAGGCACUGGUGCUUCAAGAGAGUGAGUUACUUGUGUUUUGUUUUCUGGUUUUUCUUUUUUUUUGAACAAAAAAGCCAAAAGCCACCACCUGAAUAUUGGUGUGGAAACUCCUGUCCUGAAUGUCCUUAUGUAUGAUCUAGUCAUUUGCAAAUGGUGAACUUCAAGAGGACCAGAGGGAUGUUUAUAAGAUGGAUCUAGAGCUGGAAGGGACCUUGGUGGAAUCCAGCCCCAUCCUUUACAGAUGAAAAAACUGAGAGGUUAAAUGAUUUACCCUGGGUCACAGAGCUUGUAAGUGUAUGAGGUGGGAUUUGAACCGAAGUCUUCCUGAUGCUAAGUACAGCACUCAGUGGACUAACAUUUUCCCUUCACAUUCACAUUAAAGAAGAGCCAUUUCAUUCUUUGUCUUCCUUCCCCUUGAAAAGGGGAAGUUCCAUUCACAAAACUGUUCCAUUCUUGCUGAGUCUCCCUGUGGUUUUGCAUGUGGAAAUAUGGCCCUUUGUCUGUAAACACUGUAGAUGUUUGCAAUGAUGUGGUCAAUAAACUCCUUUUCACCUUC